GGUGCCGUUUUGGUUUACAAAAAGAAAACUUAAGCUAGUCAACUAUACAAAAAGAAAAAACAGUUGGUUCUGGUUCUGGUUCUGAGAUGAGUUCUCUGGGAGGGCCAGUAUUCAUUCUUUCAAGCUUGCUGUUUUUGUUCCUUCUCUUCGCUCUGAUCAAGAUCCUUAACAGACUAUGGUGGAAGCCGACUCGUAUACAGAAGCUGAUGGCUUUGCAAGGAAUCAAAGGUCCUUCUUACAGAUUCAUCCAUGGAAAUUCCAAAGAAAUCUCCAGCAUGCAAAAGGAAGCCAUGAGCAGGCCCAAAAGUUUGUCACAUGAUAUAUUUUCUUAUGUUCAACCUCAUUUCUACUUAUGGAGCAGGGCAUAUGGGAAAAAUUUUCUUCAAUGGCAUGGCUCUCGAGCUCAGCUGGUCAUUACAGAACCUGAUUUGUGCAAAGAGGUACUAAAUAACAAAGAUAGAACUUUUGUGAAAACCGAUAUCCCAAUUUUUAUAAAGAAGCUAUUGGGAGAUGGACUUGUUACAACUGAAGGUGAAAAAUGGGGAAGAUUGCGUAAGCUGGCCAACUUUGCCUUCCAUGGAGAGAGCUUAAAGAGUCUGAUUCCCGCAACUAUAGCUAGUACUGAAUUGAUGCUAGAGAGGUGGAAAAAUCAUGAAGAAGGGAAAGAGAUUGAGAUAUUUGAAGAAUUCAGGGUGUUGACAUCAGAAGUGAUUUCAAGAACAGCAUUUGGCAGCAGCUACUCAGAAGGGAAGAGCAUUUUUGACAUGUUGAUGAAGUUAAGCUUCUUAACAUUCAAAAAUGCUUUCAAAGCUAGGAUUCCUAUCAUCAGUAACAUUUUCAAAACCAGCGAUGAUAUUGAAGCAGAGAAUCUUGAGAAAGGAGUACGAGACUCCAUACUAGAGAUGGUCAAGAAAAGAGAACAGAAAGCAAUGACUACGAGUAAGGAAAAACAAAGUUUUGGGAGUGAUUUUCUUGGAUUACUUGUGAAGGCUCACCACGAUGUCGAUGUCAACCAGAGGAUCACAGUAGAUGAUCUAGUUGAUGAGUGCAAGACGUUUUACUUUGCUGGACAAGAAACCACCAACAGUUUGCUAGCCUGGACUGUGUUUCUUCUGGCAUUCAAUACAGAUUGGCAAGAGGAAGCAAGGAAAGAAGUCCUGCAACUAUUCGGCAAACAAACUCCCAACCCUGAUGGCAUUUCCAAAUUAAAAACAAUGGGUAUGAUCAUCAAUGAGUCUCUAAGGCUAUAUCCUCCUGUUGUGUCCAUUGAAAGGAAAGUGGCACGAGAAGUUAGACUCGGGAAACUCCUUGUUCCAGCUGAUCUUGAAAUCUUUAUUCCAGCUUUGGCCCUACAGCAUGACCCUCAAUUCUGGGGACAAGAUGCGGAACUGUUCAAACCAGAGAGAUUCUCAGAAGGUGUUGCUAAAGCUACCAACAAUAACAUGGUCACAUUCUUACCCUUUGGAAUGGGACCUAGAAAUUGUGUGGGAUACAACUUUGCAAUCAAUGAAGCCAAGAUCGCUCUGGCAAUGAUUCUACAGCGCCACUCCUUCACUCUUUCCCCGAGUUAUGUUCACUCACCCUUUCGGAUUCUUACAGUUCGGCCACAACAUGGUGUUCAAGUAAUGCUACACUCACUGUGACCUCUGAAUUACUCUUCAGCGCCGGCGAAGUAGGCUUUGUGCCUAGAGAUCUCUUGUGCCUAGGUCAUACAAAGGGAGAUGGAGCUGGGAGCUGGGCCCUUAUGCUAUGACUUUGUUUGGGCUUUUUGGGCUGUUGCUUGAGUCCUUGAGUAGUAAAAUAAGUCGUAAAAAGUGUUAAAAGUUGUUACUUGAUAGGGAAUCCUUUUUAUUGGCUAUAGAAUCCGUUACUUUAACAAAACUAGAAUAUAAGGCUUAUGAUGAUCACCAUUUCAAGCUUUGUUUAUA